AGUCGACUGUGCGAGAGAGGGAGGCAUGACAUCACGACGAGCCAUGAUUGCUGUGCCCUUUGGGGCGGAGCUGUCGUCGUGUGGCUACUGCAAGGCGAAGGAUGCUGAGACCGCGUCUGCCGGGCCAAGUCGUCGAAGCGAGGACCAUGGUCCCGAGGCAAUGGUGGUGGUUGAGGAGGAGUUGGCGAGUGCUGGCGGUGUGCUCGACGGGCACGGGGACGACGGCGACGACGUGGAUGAUGGGAAUGGUGGCAAUGGCGGGAACGACGGAAAUAGUGGCGGAAAUGGCGGAAAUGACGGCGAUGUGGUCAAUGGCAAUGAUGGACAGAGUGACGAUGGGGAUGAGGGCGAGGGCGAGAGCAAGCGAAUGCAGGAUGGGAUGUGGCCGGUGACGUGCGAGGCGGAGGACUACCAGGAGCUGAUCGAUCGCGGGUGGCGGCGCUCGGGGUACUACUGCUACCGCCCGCACGUGACGCCCGACGUGUGCUGCAAGCUGUACACCAUCCGAGCACGUGCGGCCGAUGUGUUUGCUACACGCUCGCAGCGGAAGAAGAUGGCGAGGUUUGUGCGGGGUGUGGCUGGGCCGGCACGUCCUGGAGGUGCGGAGAAUGAGGAGGAGGAGGAGGAGGAGGAGGAGGUGUGGCCUCCGCCGCCUGCGCGGGCGGCGUGUCCGUCGCGGCCACGAGCACUGGCGGCUGCCGGGCUGCGGCUCGAGUUUGUGCUGUCGCGGGAUGGCGAGGUCCACGGCCCGACGCACGCGCUCUAUCGCAAGUACCAGAUGGCAGUGCACGGGUCGAAGGAAAAUGAGGUGUCGGAGGCGGCAUUUGAGCGGUUCCUUGUGUCGUCGCCGAUCCGCAGCGAUGCCGAGUCGAGCCAUCCCGGCUUUGCAGCCCUUUGCGCCGCCUGGCCGCCGCCUUACCUCUCGUUCUGUACGACGCCGCCGACCGGGUAUGGCUCGUACCACAUGCGGUGGUGGCUGGGCGAGGAGCUGAUUGCGGUCUCCGUCCUCGACGUGCUCCCGGCGUGCCUCUCGUCGGUGUACUUUUUCUACGAUCCGGACCAGGCGCACCUCUCGCUCGGCGUGGUGUCUGCCGAGGUGGAGAUCCUACUGACAGCGGCGCUCUCUGCGCACCUGCCGUCGCUCAAGUACUACUAUCUCGGGUACUACGUCGACUCGUGCCCCAAGAUGCAGUACAAGGGAGAGUACAAGCCGUUUGAGCUGCUCUGCCCGGCGACACUGACGUGGGUGGGGUCCGAGGCCGCGCUGCCGGUUGUCAAAGCAGCCGAGGCUGGCGAGAGCAGCAGCGAGGCCGGCGAGCCGAUCCGGCUGGCAGCAGACGGGGUUGCGAGUGACGAUCCGUUGGAGCUAAUGGCGCUACCGGCGAAGGUUGUGGCCUCGCAAGUGUUUAGCCGGUACGUGUUAGGGCGGGCGUCGGCGAGGUACGAGGAUCUGAGUGUUGCGCUGCGGGCCGCGCUUGCGGCCGAGGCAGAGUCGGGCGAGCUGAGUGAGGCGGAGCUUGCGACGAUCGACGAGUGUCUUCGGUGA